AUGUGCACAAGGACCUCGCGUUGCUAUUGGUUCGGUGGUCCCGGGUGGAAAAGAGUGCUGUGCUAUCGAUGCGUCUGCUUGCUGUACGUUCUGUUUGUGCUGGGUGUUGUUAUGCUGUUGCCCGCACCAGUCGAGUGCGGCUGCCGACGGCUGGCGCAGAAACCGUGUGAAGCGAUCUGUGUCCGCCCGAACACGCCGAACCGCCGAACGCUUGGUGCGCGGCCCGACUACGGGGUGGACGCGGACAACGUGUCUUUCCCGCCCGCAUCCUCCGAUGCGUGGACGUGUGAGCUACGGAUCGUGGUGAUCAUGCCGGCAAAUACGAGCGUCCAAGCGUCACUUCCACGCGUGCACCCCGUGCUGGAGAAGGCGGAAGAUUUUAUCCGUCGCGAGGGCAUCUUCCCGGCGGACGUAGCCAUCCGGUGGAUUCCGUUCGAUGAUCGGUGCGAACAGGCACGGGCUACGGUGAUGGCGAUGGAUGGUACGGGAAGCGAUUACUGCGGGCAUCUCAUACUUGGACCGAGCUGUGAUUUUGCUCUAGCGCCCGUUGCUAGAAUCGCCCGUUACAUUUAUAACGAUGGAAUUCCUGUGAUAACCGGUGCGGGAUAUACAUUCGAUUUCGAGGAACCAAAGACGCACUGUGAAAACGAGUUCCACAUGCUGUUCCGCACCGGGUUGGUCAGUUUCAAGCGGAUGGCAUUCUUCAUGAUAGAACUUAUCCGACACUUCAAGUGGAACCGUGUGGUAUAUUUUUACGAUCGACAUAGUUACUACAAUGUGGCUGGUCCACAAACGGGUCACUUGCUGAUGAAUACGAUGGCAGAAUUCUUCCGCCACGAAAACAUCACCUACUCGCCAUUCUCAACCGAUUCGGCACGCACAAACUUUACCGAGAGCCUGAAGGAAAAGGUCGGCCUCAGCUAUGCAAGUAAGUGCUUUGUACGAUUUGCACAGCGCUAA